AUGAAAUCAUGUGGAGGAUGUAAGUACUUCGAAAAAUAUUACUAUCGACAUCAAACAAUUCAACAACUUAAUUAUUACACGUCAAAUAUUCAAUCAUCUGUACCAUCAACUGCGAAAGAAGAAAAAGAACUGGAUGGUGAAGAAAUUAUCAAUGAUGGAUUAACUGAUGAAGAAAUAAUUGAAGAAACGAUUGAUGAGAGUGAAUUUGAGGACUCAAGUUAUGCUACUGAACUCUGA